UUAAAUUUGUACAUUUCAAAAAAAAAAAGAAAAGAAAAGAAAAGAAAAGAAAAGAAUGGCAUCAAAGCCAUUGGGCUCUCCCUAUGUGCGAGGGCUAUGCAAAGCUCAAUUUUCAUGGCUUCAGCCAACGCAUAUGGUUACUUCCCGAAACUACACCACACUAGUGUCGCAUUCGAAGCACCCCUUAGAUAAUGCAAACCGGUGGUGUCACUCUCACAGAUCCUUGAUACAAAGCCGUCGAGCCUCUCGAUUGGCGAAAGCCAUACUGCCCCGACCUGGCACCACAGCAGAAACCUAUGUCGCAUAUGGAUUGACACAGAAGCUGUUCGAGGCUUGCUCGCGCCAGGCCGACUACAGAAUACCCCAAGUGUCGCAAAAAGGUGCACAGGCUCCAAAGACUAAAGAGGGUGAAGAUCUUGGCGUUGGGGAAGGUUGGUGGUAUGAAGAACUGAGUCUCGCCCCAACUUUCUCUACAUGGUCGCAAGUAACUUUUCUGCACAUGUAUCUAUUGACGGUUCGACUGCGCGCACUACCAUCUCAUGAAAGUGUCCAGACAUAUUCCCGUCAUCUGAUCGAUCACUUCUCGCACAACGCCGAACAGCGCAUGGAUGUCCUCCAUGGCAUCACCAGCCGGGCAAUUCGGAAUAAAUUCCUCAAGGACCUUUUUAUUCAGUGGCGGGGUGUUCUUGCGGCCUAUGACGAGGGACUUGUCAAGGGCGAUGCGGUGCUUGGGGCUGCUGUCUGGAGGAACCUGUGGAAAGCGAGUUAUACUGGGUCGGACGGUAAAGACAUGGAUUGGACCAAGAUUGCUUGGGUCGUGGUCUAUAUGCGGCGAGUGCUGUCGGAACUCUCCCAGGUAAGUGAGGGCGAUCUAAUCUUGACCCUGGAACGCAGGAGCGGCGGGAAGCCUGGCAUAUUUGGAUACUCCGAGUUGGAUAAGAAGUUGGCAGAUGUAAAGCGAUAAAUUGCAAAGCCAGCAAGUGCCAUAAUCUGCUAAACAAAAAGGUGUACGGUUACACACUACAUUCAGUCAGCUGUUUUAUUAAUCAUUUCAUUCAACCAUUAUUCAGUAUCCCGUAC